AUUUCUGUAGGAAACAUUUCGCCACGGUGACGAUUCACGUUUCAAAACUCGAGCGCUGUGAGUCUCAGCAGGUUUCAAAAUUAGACAAGUGCCUGUACCCCGGGUGUACCGGACCCCCAGUCUGCGUCGACUUUGUCAGUGUGCUGUGUGCGCGUGCCCGUCGUUCCUCCACCCGCCCUCAUAUUUUCAAAAAAUCCACGGUUAUCUGCUUUUCUCUCUGUAACUGAUGACGUCGCUUCCUCCUUUUCGACAGGGUGGGUGUGCGGUCCAAGAUUUGUCAUCUUCGUGGGCGUACCACCGGUACCGCGUCAAUGGCUGAUAGCGGAGCGGCGGGAGCCGUCCAUACUGCCCCGAGCAGUUUGACGCUGGCGGGUGAAGAACGCGUUUUACCGGCAUCAUCUGACGGUCGCUUCGAAACGCAGGGAGAGUCUGCUGCGUUUUUCGAAGCGGCACAGUCGAUAAUCAGACUCGCCGCCACAGGUUCCGCCGCGCCAGCAGAUAUUUCGCUCCCGUGGCCGCCACCCGCGUACGCGUGCCCACUGCGAACGGCCACGGAAAUUCUUGCCUCCGGGGUGUCCAGACACCUUGAGAGUUGCCCGCUGCCGGUUGGCUGCCGUGCCGUGGAUCACCACUUGAAUGGCGGAGUUCCUCGGGGGAUGCUUGUGGAGAUUUCUGGGAAGGCUGGCUGCGGAAAAACGCAGUUCGCCUUGUCGCUGGUGGCCGAGACCCUCCUUCGGAGCGGCCAACCUGAGGAAAGCCGAUGUUCUGCACAGUCUGACGAAGCCCUGGCGCCGCGGUCCAAAGAUGCGCCGUUUAAUGCGUUUUCGGAGAAUUCUGCGACAGACCCGACGGAACUUCAGACAGAGGCCGACAAGCCCACUGCCGCGUUUUACAUCCACACAGAGGGUGGGUUUCCCGUUCAGCGGCUCCACGAAAUUAUGAGUGCACGUCGAGUUCGGCACGAGUGCGGCUUCGAUUCCACGGUUCCCGCCGCGAAGGCUCUGAUGCAGCGGGUGUUCAUGGAGGAAGUUUCCACGGAAGAGGAGCUCUGGGUGACGCUCACUCGGCGGCUGCCGCGUUUGUUUCUGUCUUACCGCGUGGCGCUGAUUGUGAUCGACUCGAUCGCAGCCGUCUUCCGCCUUCCGGCUUCGAGAACAGAUGGCGUGCAAGACCUCAAGGGUUCAGAUGCGAAACACAAAGUGUCGGGCCUCGUGGACCGCGCGACCAAGCUCAUGCGGAUUGGAGCGAUCCUCAGGCGAUUCGCCGCCUCUCACGGGGCCUGCUGCCUUGUCCUCAACCAGGUGAGUGAUGUGACUGACGAGGAAGACAAUUUGGAUCUAAACGUCACGCAUUCUUCUCAUGCGACGGCGUACGAAAGGAGCGGAACCGACCCGGAGGUGCGUCCACGAUGUGAAGCCACUUCUCCGCGGUGGGAGUGGCGAAGCGUCGCCACGGGAAUCGACGGCGAACUCGUCUGGUCGAGCCGACAAAUGGCCCCCAGGCGGCUGCUCUUUGGUGGGGAAGACCCAAGAGUCCGACCUGCUCUCGGGUGUACGUGGAGCAACUGCGUCGACUGCAGAAUGAUGAUUCACAGAAUGGAGCAGAGAUACAUGCCCUUUCUCCCGCACAGUGCAGAGGGAGAAGGACCGACCGUUCUUGGUCCGCUACGGUGUUUGCGAGUUGUCUUCGGCUCAGGUCUCGACAACGCAACUGACAUUUUCUUCAGAAUCGACACGCAGGGCAUCGUCGAUCCAUAACUUGAUAUGGCCGUUCUUGCCACGAGAAAAGUUACUGAGAUUUUCCAUUCGCUUUUUGGCUGUAUGAACGGACUGGAACAAAAGCCACAGAGGGCUUUCCUGGUCCGUGACCCAAUAUCAAAGAGUGCGAAAAAUGUUUUUCUGCUCAAAAUGAAUUUCGCGCGUACCCAGACCUCCGCUCGAUGUCCAAAUGAGGCACAGGACAUCUUGGUAUUCAUAUAUAUAAAUGUGUAUGCAUAGAGAGCAUGAGGAACUGUUUAUAUAGGACGUUGAGAGGAGUUGGCCAGCGAGUAGAGGUGCUCGUUACGCUUGGUGUAGGUUAACCUCAUAAUACGAACUUGUUAGGAAAAUAUGUUUUUUGCGUAAACCGAGGUCGAGCUGGUGGUGUGUAACGCUUUCAGCAGGCUUUUCUUCAGUUCUGUUUUUUGUGGCCCUCUCUCGUCCACGCGUAGGAACUUUGACAAGCAUUCCUAGAAUCAUCCAAACGCGAAGAAGAGACCACGAUUUUGAUCGGUGACUGCAAAUCGGUCGUCACUAAACCGGAACGACGGGACGCACAGAGAGACGUUGCGUUGCGUGUCAUAAUGAGAUGCAGACAAGUGUGAGCCUUCUUAUCGAACGCCUGACAGCCUCCUGUCUUUUCUUUUCAUCGUAUCCGCAGAAGAGGAUACUGCUUUUUUCUAUCUGAGUCUGCCAUGAGUUUCCCGAACGAGGGAAAUGAGGCAAGGGACACUCGACGCAUCGGUGACCACAGGGGCAAGUGUACCGCUUUCUUUGGACAUCAAAAGUCUCCCUUUCGUUCCAAAACUCUUUGUGUCCUGGCAAACUUGCUCACGCUUUCAGGGAAUGUUAACGAUGUAAUAAAACGAUAUAACGCUCAAGAUGCGUUUCCAACGCAUCCAACGGAGCCACGUUUAGUCCUCAGUCUCCAUCUUGAAUCGGAUAGCUUGCCAGCAUCGGAUUUCUCCCAUACCGUAUUUGGUACCUCGGCUAUUUGGAGGACACUGUCGACGGGGCAUUGAACAGAAGACCAACUUCUCCACCUGGAGGUCUGUUACGUUUCGCUUAACGGGAAAGAUAUGCCGGAGAGUUAGACGAGCGUUGGACGAGAUCGUUUCGUUGUACAGAGUCUUCUCGUAAUGGCCGUUAGUGGCUUUUUCUUUCUUCCUGCGACUCUGCCGACUCCAUCGUACUAUUUACUUUCAGUUGCACAGAAUGGAACGAGUAUCCAGGCAAAGAACUUGGCCUUCUACUUUUUUGCGUGGGCAGCUACCUGCCUCAAGCCGGAACGUCUCUUUGUUUCCCAU